AUGCAAACCGAUACACUUUACGGUAGCACAUCCCCUGCAAUUACUCCCGCCGCCGCAACUCCUGCACCUGGUGAUGAACGAAGUGAAUCACAAAAUAAGACACCUGCACCUGAUGAAGGUUUUCCUUCACCAAUGACUUCACCAAUGGCAACUGCCGAACAUCCUGAAGAAGCGAGAAAUCAGCCAGCAAAACCUGGAGAAGAUAAUAAACAGGAAGACCCUAGAUCACUUAAGAUUUUACCAGAUGAAAAUGUUGAAGGCUCGGCCACGACGAUGAAACCAAUACCUCCGGGUAAAUAUGAUGGUACUAUCGAUGUUAAACCCACUAUGGAUAGCGAUAUGGAUACGGUAAAGACUGCAGAAAUGCCGGUCAUGGCACAAAAGGGAUCUACGGAGAAAGUGAAUGAAGGGGAGAAAGCGGAGAAGGACAUCCAAUUUGAAUUUUGA